UUUAGUAAAUUGAACAGAAAAAAGAUUUAGGAAAGAAAAACGCAGGAGAUGUUUACUUGUAUUCAUGAAACAUAAAAGAUUCUAUAUUUCACUUCUAAAAAGAAAAAAAGAAAGUUAUACAAAUUAUCCUUUGAGAAAUCGGCAUAUUUCCACAUAUUACAUAUACACUGCUUAGUCACAGAACAAUUAUGAAAUGUUGCUGCUCGAUUGGCUAACAGGGAAACAUCAGAAGAACGCUCCGCACUUUAUAAAAAUAGCAGGUGGAUAUAUGACGUGUAGUUGCUUGAUUUGAUAUGAGAAAAACGCUAACAACAACGCCUCGUGCCUUAUAAGAACCCACAAACAAAUCGUUCACCACCAUCACCGUAAGUUGCAGACACUGUACCGGUAGCAGAGGAAGCCGAGAAAUUAUCCCAUAAGAAAAUUGAAAGGGUUUAGGGUUUGGAGGAGAAAAAGAUAAAACCUAACUACCAUGGAGAGUGCCUUUGCGAGCGCCUCGGCAAUCGCGGACCAGAGGCAAAAGAUCGAACAGUACAAGCACAUCCUCGCUUCCGUCAUAUCGUCAAACGACAUCUUUCAGGCCAAGAAGUUUAUCGAUCACGUGUUGUCCGACGAUGUGCCACUGGUGGUUUCGAGGCAGCUAUUGCAGACUUUUGCGCAGGAAUUGGGGAGAUUGGAGCCGGAGACGCAAAAGGAGAUUGCCCAUUAUAUUCUUGCUCAGAUUCAACCUCGGGUUGUUUCUUUUGAAGAACAGGUUUUAAUAAUUAGAGAGAAACUCGCUGAUCUAUAUGAGUCGGAACAACAGUGGUCAAAAGCAGCUCAGAUGCUCAGUGGCAUUGAUCUAGACUCUGGAAUGAGGGUCAUCGAUGAUACAUUUAGGUUAUCAAAGUGUGUUCAAAUUGCUCGCUUAUAUCUUGAGGAUGAUGAUGCAGUUAAUGCAGAGGCUUUCAUCAAUAAAGCGUCGUUUCUGGUUAGCAACAGCCAGCAUGAAGUAUUGAACUUACAAUACAAGGUUUGUUAUGCCAGGAUUUUGGACUUGAAAAGGAAGUUUUUGGAAGCUGCACUGCGUUAUUAUGAUAUAUCUCAAAUUGAAAAAAGGCAGAUAGGAGAUGAAACCAUUGAUGAGGAAGCUUUGGAACAUGCUCUCUCUGCUGCUGUGACAUGUACAAUCUUAGCUGCUGCAGGUCCUCAACGAUCCCGUGUUCUUGCCACUUUGUACAAGGAUGAACGAUGCUCGAAGCUAAAAGUUUAUCCUAUAUUGCAAAAGGUCUAUUUGGAGAGAAUUUUGAGGAAACCUGAAAUUGAUGCAUUUGCUGAAGAAUUAAAAGCACAUCAGAAAGCUCUUUUACCAGAUAAUUUUACUGUUCUGGAUCGUGCUAUGAUUGAGCACAAUCUUCUGAGUGCUAGUAAACUUUACACAAAUAUAAGUUUUGAUGAGUUGGGCACCUUGCUGGGAAUUCUUCCAAACAAGGCAGAAAAGAUAGCAUCAAGAAUGAUUUGUGAGGAUAGAAUGAGGGGAUCAAUUGACCAGGUGGAAGCUGUCAUUCACUUUGAGGAUGAUACUGAAGAGCUGCAGCAAUGGGAUCAACAGAUUGUUGGCUUGUGUCAGGCCUUGAAUGAUGUCCUGGAUAGUAUGGCAAAAAAGGGCUUACCAAUCCCUGUCUGAUUUUCCUCAAC